CGUCAGGGAGUACUCAACUUUGACACGUUCUUUUUCUAAUGUUCGAACCAAUUCGGGGAGGCACUCGAGGAGGCCAGGCAGAGUUCAAAUGGUCCGAUGUCUCUGCAGACAAAGAUAGAGAGAACUAUUUGGGUCACAGUAUCAAUGCACCGACCGGAAGAUGGCAGAAGAACAAGGAUGUUCACUGGUAUAACAGAGAUAACGCGAGUCAGUCUGAGAGGGAUGAAGAAAUAAGAAAAAUCAAGGAAGCAGAAGCUGAGGCGCUUGCUGCAGCACUUGGGUUUGCCUCUGCGCCAUCUGGUACCACUCCUGUUGCGAAUGCCCCUUCAGGUGUCCAACCAGGUCCAGCGCAUACCCCUGCUAUAGAUAAUGGACAGCAUGCUUCGGAGAAAGAGGAAAGGCGCCGUAAGAAAGCCGAACGGAAGGAAGAAAAGAAAGCUCGCAAAGAGGCACAUCGAGAGUCUCGCCAUGCGGAUUACGAACGACGUGCCCGGAGAGAUCGGACUCGUUCGCGCUCACCUAGACCCGGCAAAGACGAUGAUCAAGAGAGGCGUCGUCGCCCGCGUCGCAGUCGUUCACCUCCACCAGCUAGUCAUUCGCCUCACGCUACUCGACAUGUGAAAGGCUAUGAUGAAAUUGAACGUGAAAGGGAGCGAGGAAGAGGUCGGCGGCGAUGGGACUUGAAUCAAAGGGACAGGCUGAGUACCCGUUAUGAACGAGAUUAGCUCGACUGCGUCUUCUUGAAGUAUGUCAUGCCACCUCAGCAGAUUUCUGUAUGUUCAACUAUUACGCACUUAGAAACUAACAAUGCAUCUGCCCCGCACAAACUCAUCAAAUUUCGUCUUUUCGUGGAAGACUCAUGGCGCCGGCCACUAAUGACCGCGCAAUCAUUGGACUUUUGAUGCCGUAACGAAAGAUGCACUUGAAACUUCCAGGUACUGUCAACU